AUGGCCUUCCCGUAUAAGAACGUGCUUAUGAUCGGAGCUACAUCUGGGCUCGGUCUCGCAUUGGCAGAACGUAUGAUCGAGAACGGCAUCUUCGUCAUCGGCGUGGGCCGACGGAAGGAGAGGCUUGAUGAGUUCGUUGCCAAGCAUGGCCCUCAAAAGGCUGCGGCGUCGCAGUUUGAUAUCACAAAUCUGCACGGCAUCCCAACUUGGGUCGAGGAUAUCACCAAGAGGCACCCCAGCAUUGAUGCCGUGGUCCUGAACUCCGGCAUCCAGCGCCCCGUGGACUUCACCAAGCCAAAGAACAUAGACCUCGACCUUGUACAGCACGAGAUCACCACCAACUACACCUCGUACAUCUCACUCAUUACGCACUUCCUCCCUCAUCUUCAAUCACGCUCCCCCAACCCGACCGCUCUCAUCACCGUGACGUCUGGGCUGGCCCUUGUGCCCUUGCCCCGCUGCGCUAAUUACUGCGCAACCAAGGCGGCGCUUCACUCUCUGUGCUGGACGCUGCGGGCCCAGCUCGGUGAGGAUGAGGCGAGCAAGCACAUCAGGGUCAUCGAGCUAGUCCCGCCCGCCGUGCAGACCGAGCUGCACACGCAACAGGGGCUGAGCCAGCUCGGCAUCCCCAUCGAGGAGUUCACGGACGAUGCAUGGAGGGGCCUCUUGGCGGAUGAGGAGGAGAUCCUGGUUGGGCCCAUCAAGGACAGGUUCGGGCGCGUUGAGGUCGGAAGGAAGGAAGCAUUCAGGGGCCUGCUAGAGGCUGUGAAAAACCAGGAAGUGAAGCACUAA